UUGUUACAAUUAAUCAAUACACUUAGAUUUGAAAAAAAUGACAAUGAAAUAUUUAACUGCAUUUCUCUUAAUUGUUGUAAUGACACUUCCUCAGAGAAAUGCUCAACUUGGUAUUCUCAAUGAUCUUUUGGGAUCUGCUAAUAUCCAAGGAACUGUACUUUGCACUUCCAAGGAUAAUGUGGGUGUCAAUGGUGCACCAACCCCUGGUUUUUCAAAUGCUCAAGUACAACUACUAUGUGGAGGAAACAUGCUCUCAAAUACAACAACUAGUGGUGAUGGAGAGUUUUCAAUGUUAAUGGAUAAUCCUCUUCUCUAUGAUCUCUCUUCACUACUCACUGAUUGCAACUUAAUGGUUCCUACACCACUCUCCCGUUGCAACACAAAACUUCCUUCGGCUGGUGGCUUAACUUCAUCUCUCAAGUAUGUUGGGACCAGUCAAAUUGGAACUCGAACUCUUGCAAACAUUGCACCAUUUGGAUUUCAUUUCAUUCCAUUAACUUAGUUAAGGUUUCAUAAUAGAGGAUAUUAUUAAAGUUACAAUUAAAUAAAUUCAUAUCCUCCUAUAUUUUUAUUUUCCAUUGUACUACUUGGAAAUCUAAAAUUAUAUAAUGGUUUUUUGAUUUUUAUUAUAAA